AAAUUAUUCCAGUAAUUUUUACUGCCAUCUUUUGGUCAUCUUAAACUAGUGAAGCACUGCAAAGUCCACACGCUGUUUACCUUCUUCCGCAUUACAGAGAAAGCGAAAAACAUUCAGUUUUAAAAACAUCAGUGUGUCAUUUAAUGCUUUAGAUGUAAAACAACCGGGAAAAUAAGCGUCUUUGUGUUUGAUAAUCAAUCAAUUUCUACAGAUUCACUGUUUCUUUUGCGAAAGUGUGAAUGUCUGUUUGUUUCUUCCUGCUUCUGGAUUAAUGCAGAACUAUUACAAAGGACCUCAUGUUCACCUGAGUGACUUCAGAUUGAAUGGAAUGACGUGAACAUGUCAUAUGAGAGCACAUAUUCACGUAUGAUCGCCCGCACUUGCGUAAACAAUGGCAGAAGAGCAAUUCGCGAAUCUCGCUAAGGUGUUUGAGAUCCUCUCCCAGGCUGCGCAGGAGCGAUGGUUCAGCCUGACCUUCAAAAUGGGCCGCGAACGGCCCGAGGAGCUGGUGCACGGCAUGUGCUUGAUUCUCCUGAAGCGGAACAGCGAGGCGUAUGCUAAGCUAACUGCUAACAGCGACAGCAGCAUUGGAAGCUACUUGGCCGAAAUGCUCAAAAUGCAUGGAGAACGUUUGAACGGCGGCCAUAUUGGCGGUUUUAAGGCAACAGAUGCCAAAACGUUAUUGGAUAUAGCAAGAAUUUUCACCAUUUUGGUGCAGGAGAGAUUGUGCGACAAGUCACUACGAGAUCAAGCCUACCUCGCGGCUCUUGCGGCGAGCAGAACGUGUGGUUUGCGAUCUUUAGAUGUCGAGGAGGAAGUAAAGCAAGUCUGCGGACCUGAUGCUAUCGAUAAAUCCAACACCGAACUUGCAACUUACAAUCUGACGUCUCCAGAUGUAUCUGAGCGAAACGAUACCCGUUUGCUGUCUCAGCAAUCAAGUUCGGUCUGCAGUUCAUAUAGUCUGGAAAUUAGUUCGCCAACUGCUACAGAAUCCAGUACGAAAGAUUCAAAGCCGUUGAGUUUACGCACGCCAACAAAUAGUGAAAGUACAACCAGUCAAGACCAGCUACGACGACCAACUAUGAAUAUUCGCGGGAACAACCAACUACAGACAGCGGAAGUCAAUCACGCGACAAAUUCAAAGCAGUGUGUAGACUCCAAAGGAAGCUCCCAAGUUGUGACAUCCAAAAGCACAAAUAUUAGUUUUUCUUCCAGCCCAAAUGAUGCUAACGCUAAAGAUCUCAAACCACCAACUCAAGCUAACAGUUUUUGCUCUCCGGAAGCAAGCCAAAGCGACGUAGAAGAUACGUUUUACGCCUUCGUGAUCCUCCACGAAGCAGAAGAUGCGGAUGAGGCGCAAAGACUAAGAGAAAGACUCGAGAGCAUAAUCUCCGCGCCUGGCGCGACGUUUUCCGACGACUUCGCCCAACCGGGAAGGUCGACGUUGCGAUGCAUUGAGGACGCCAUCGAGAACUCGGCGUUCACACUGCUGCUGCUCACGCAGAACUUCAAAUCCAACCUCAGCGAGACCACCGCCGAUUCAGCGAUCGUGAAUUCGCUGGAAAACCAUCACAAACUGAACUCUGUUAUUCCGCUGCUACCUCGCGAAAACCGCUUGUCUCGCGAAAGUUUUCCGUUGGUGCUUAGGACGAAGGUCUUUCUCGAUGAAAGCAGAAUGUUCGAACGCAACGUCUUGAAGGCCAUCACACCGGACAAAGUGGCAAAUCAAAAGAAGAUUUGGCUAAUGGGCCAGCGGAAGAAGAAGCUACACGAGGAACAGAAGAGACUGCGAGAGGAGAACGCCAGAAACGCGGAACUACAACGAGAGACUGAAAAAUUAGCGCGACUGAAACUAGAAAGCGAAAUGCAACAAAAUAAGAUGUUUCACACAGCAUCCGCACCACCUCCGUUUAAUGGAGCAAUGUAUACGCAACCUGGAUCAUGGCAGCCGCAACAAUCAUGCAUCCACAUUGAGAACGCGCAGAACGUUAUGAUCGGAAAUCACUCGACGAUGAAUAUUGACCAUGUUAAAAACUCGGCUGAUGAGUUUGACUUUUAAAGCUUCUGCUUUUUUUCGUUAAAAUAGGUGUUGUGAGAAAUCCCAUCUUUCUCUAUGACAGAACUGUUGUUUUAAUCGUUCGGAACACUCUCUGCCUGUCAGUCAUUUUGCAUGCUCACAUCCGGUUGGCUGAUAUGAUUUUGGGGGCGGGGUUUGAAGAAUAUAAUUGUAUUAAUUCAUAAUUAGGGCUAUUAGUAUGUCCCAUGGUGGUUUAUGGUUCUAGGUAUUGUUUUAUUAUUACUAUUAUUUGAGGCUAAGCCCAAUUUCCAACAAUUUGUAUGUUAAUUUUGCUUUUAAAACUCUAAAUUUGCUACAAAAAAACUCAACUGACAGACAAAUGAUUAUAGUGUUACUGUGAGGUGAAGAGCUGUUUUAAUAAAAUAAAUAAAAUCAUGA